UGCCCUUUCUCAAGAAGAACAAGACGACGCUCAACUGAAGAUAGAGGACAUAUUACAGAUGGCGGAGAGUCCGAAAGCCGAGUGUUUCGAGUCUCUCUCAGCGAUGGAGCUGGCAGAGCAGAUCACACUGCUGGACCACAUCGUGUUCAGGAGUAUUCUCUACGAAGAGUUCCUCGGGCAGGGCUGGAUGAAAGUCGACAAGACGGAGAGGACUCCGUACAUCAUGAAGACCAGCCAGCACUUCAAUGACAUGAGUAACCUGGUGGCGUCUCAGAUCAUGACCCACACCGACGUGGGCUCCAGGGCCAGCUCCAUAGAGAAGUGGCUGGCGGUGGCCGAUAUCUGCCGCUGCCUCAACAACUACAACGGAGUGCUGGAGAUCACCUCCGCGCUCAACCGCAGCGCCAUCUUCAGGCUGAAGAAGACGUGGGCCAAAGUCUGCAAACAGACAAAGGCUCUGAUGGACCGGCUGCAGAAGACGGUGUCAUCAGAAGGGAGGUUCAAGAAUCUCAGAGAGACGCUGAAGAACUGUAACCCUCCAUGUGUCCCGUACCUGGGCAUGUACCUCACUGACCUGGCUUUCAUUGAGGAGGCGACGCCCAACUUCACGGAGGAGGGCCUGGUGAACUUCUCCAAGAUGAGGAUGAUCUCUCAUAUCAUCCGGGAGAUCCGUCAGUUCCAGCAAGCGCCGUACAGGAUAGAGCACCAACCCAAGGUGACGCAGUUCCUCCUGGAUAAGACGCUGGUGAUGGAUGAAGAUACCCUCUAUGAGCUCUCGUUAAAGAUCGAGCCCCGAGUACCACCUGGAUAACUAUAACUUCAUUUCAUACGCAAACAUAUUUUACAGUAUCAAUCAUGGAUCAACACAACUUGAGAUUCUCUCUUAAUUAAUAAAGCAGGGGUUGUUUCAUGAAACACCACCAGUUAUUGUGCUUAGGAAACUCAGGAGAUAAUGUGCCUUGUUGUAAGAAUAUCCAAUGUGUAGAUUUAUUAAUCAGAAUGAACUGCAUAACCUGCGUAUAACAUCGUAGAGUUAUGACUGUAGAGACGAGCAUGUUAGCUACUAAGCGUGGCACUAGAAAGUAACCAGUUGCUGCUAUCACGUUGUACAUACCGAACAAUAUGCCUCAUAGUCUCACACACAAACAUCGUCAGGUAGCUUUUACAUGAUCUGUAUGAUCAUUGCCGGAUUAACCUGCUCCGGGCCCUCGGGGGGGGGGGGGGGGCCUCGGGGGGUAUGCUGUGUGGUGGUUCCCAAAUACAUUUUUAAAUAUGCACCAAUGUCUGCAAAGCAUAUGCACGGGAUGUAUAAAGAGAAGUGGAUGUUGUGUUCCAGUGAAAGUUGCUAGUUAAACGUAGACUUUGUAUUUAUUUAUUGGCCCCUCGGGGGCAGCGGAACAAGCUUCAAACACAUACUAUCAUCAAUAAUACAAGUUUCCUGUUACACAUCCAGCAGACACGGAACAUGUUAAUUCAGUUGAAGUUAUUUGUGUCUAACUGAUGAAUUUCAAAACACAAUUCUCUCUUUUUGCUCCGUUUUUGGUCUCCACCAACUCCAGAGGGAAAUAUGUCUUUAGCUGCUAAAUGCUUCGCUUUCUUCACCAGCUGUCCUUUAACGGAGGGUGUUUGCUACAUACAGCAGUCUUUAUAACUUUUAGUGCUUAAAACCACAGACUGUAUAUGAGAAAUGGUCGUAGUCGUCGUGACGUUACCCAUUGGUUUGUGGACUGCCGUUUU